AUGAUAACUGAGACUAUUAAGUUUGAUUAAAGCGGAGAGGAAAAUAAAAAAAUUUUGUUAAUAAUAAAUGAUUCAAAAGAAAAAUCAGGACACUAAGGCUAAAUUUCAAAUUUUAAAUAAGAUAGAUUGCAAAGAAAUAUUUACCUAAAUCAUAAACUUAAAAAUCUUAAGGAAAUUAAAUACAGAUCAACACAUUUCAAAAAUAGAAAAACAGACAAGUUACAAAAUAACUACAACUAUUAAGAUGAAACAGUUGAUCAAAUUGAAGAAGACAUAAUAGCUAUGUUGAGGAACUAAUCUUAACUCAAACAAUCGUUUGAUCUCAAUACCUAAAAGACAUUGUAUAGAGGUUAAACAACUGACGAAAGAAGCUAAAAUAGCUUAAUAAAGUAAAAAAUAGAGAAUUCCAAAAAGUAAAAUGUGGAAUAAACCAAAAAGAAUGCUUUAUAGUCAAAUACUUAGAUUGGUCCAAAUAAAAAAUUUACAGUUCCUAAUGCCAAUAAUAAAUUUUAUUAAUCACCAAUAAAAGGUUAGAGAAGAUUAGCACACUCUAAUAUUGCACCUUAAAUUUAAUCUACAAGCAAAGCUACAUUUUACUCUCAAUUUCAAAAUUAGUAUGAUAGUGCGCAUAGUUUUAGAGAGGGUAGAUCUCUUUCAAAUAUUAGAUAAAAUCUUUACAAUGACCAUACUCGAAAUAACUAACUUACUCCUAUAAGAAUGAGAUAGGAUGCAAACAAGACUUCACUUAAUCUCAGAACUAAUAAUUAGGACUCCUUAAAAUCAAUAAAUGGUUAAUCGAUAACGAAUUUAAAUUGGCAAUUUAAAAAUGAGCAAAGCUAAGAUAGUAUUGAUUAAAUUAUGAGAAGCAAUCCUAGACUAGUUAGUAAAGUUUUAAUUGCAGAGCCAUAGAUUGAUGAUAAGAAAAAAGCAAUAAAGCUUACUCUAUACAGCUCAAUUGAAUAAGCUAGUUAGAAUAAUUUAAAUAAAUUUAGAACAACAAGCAGUAAGUUUAUUUCAAGAAUCCCAAAGUCAUACUACAAUAACUACCGAGCAGCUAAACUAAGAGAAACAUUAGAAUCUGAAGAACGAAAGAAGAUAGAGAGUUAAUAUCAUAGAGAUGGUUAUGAGUGUACACAUGAAGUAUGUAAUUGUCAAUUUGAGUUAGACAAAAAGGAAUAAUUAAGAGUAAAAUCAAGAUCUCCAUCGCCUCCAAUUAUAAGUUUAUACCGAAAAUAAAAAGAAUUUUCAGAUCGACUCUCAAAUCCUUAUUAAGCGUGCAGAAAAUGCUGUAGCACUAGUCAUAAUCCAUUUUAUCAUCAUUUAAAAUUGACGAAAAGGAAAAAUUAAAAUAUGUAGUCAACAAAUAGACUUUUACUAGUCCAAACAAAAUGGAUCGAAUAGAGGGAUGAUGAUAAAAGAGCAUGUAGCGCUGAUUCUGGGAAAAGAAGGAAAAAUAAGGAAAACCUGGCGAUUGAUUGGUAAAUCUCUUCUAUAUAUAAGGAUAUCAUUUAGUCUAAAAAGGCUAGAAAGCAAAGUGGUGCAUCUGAAAAAUUACAAAAUAUUUUGCUGAAAAAGUAUCCGGAUUCUGACCUUGAUAUCUAUACUGAAAUGGAAGUGCAAUAUCAUUAAAGUAUUUUAAAGCAAAAACUACAUGAGAAAGAUAUAGUUCCACUUAAUGAAUUGCAUUUAAUAUUUUAAAAGGCAAUGAGAACAUUGAAAUUCCAAAUGAAAAAGCUUUUGCUAAUAAAAACAUAUAAUGUUAUAGAGGAAACUUACUAGACGAAUGAAAAUAAAGAAACUAUUAAUAACUGCAUUAAAUUAUUAUUGAGAUCUAAAAAAACAUUUGAUGCAGAAUAGUAGAUUAAAAAGGCUUUGAAAAAUAUAUUAUUAAGGGAGAAAAUUAAAGAUAAAUUAGAGAUAACUCUCUUAGAGAAAGAUAAGGCUAUUGAAUUAGUUUAAAUUUAUGAUGAAUUGAUAUUAAUUUCCAGCAAAAUUUACAGCGAUAUAAUUUGGAUUUAAAAUUAGCACCGAACAUUAAAAAGGCCAUUCAUAUUUGGAAAAGUUGAUUAUCUGGAUUAAUUGGUAUCAGAUUCUGUAUAUUAUCGGGCAGGCCUAUAUAAGGAUCAUAAUCUAUAAGUAAAAAGAUUUCUUAAUAAAGAUGGAAAGUUGACAAAUACUGAAUGA